CCGCCUCGUUCGGCAACAUUUUCUUUGUCUGUCCCUUUCAGUUUUCUCACUAAGCACGGCUCUCUAAGUUAUUUCCGAUUUUGCCCUUGCUCCUCUUCACUAAUCCAGUCGGCGCUCACUCUCUAAUCUAAACCCUAGCCAAAACCCCCAUCCCAUCAAUGGCUUCCCAAUCUCUUCACUACCAUUUCACCUCCCUCCACCUCCACAACCAACAACCGCGCAAGACCCCGACGAACCCUUCCCCACGCCCCUUCACCAUCGCCGCCUUGAAGAACCGGCCCCUCCCUGGCCGCAAGCUCCGCGCUGCGGUCAUCGGCGGUGGACCCGCCGGAUCCUCCGCCGCCGAGUCCUUGUCCUCCGGCGGCGUGGAGACCUUCCUCUUCGAGCGCAGCCCCUCCGCCGCCAAGCCUUGCGGUGGUGCCAUCCCCCUCUGCAUGCUCGACGAGUUCGACCUCCCGUCCAGUCUCGUCGACCGCCGCGUCACCGAGAUGAAGAUUAUCUCGCCGUCGAACCUCACCGUCGACUUCGGCAAGACCCUGAGGCCGCACGAGUUCAUCGCCAUGCUCCGCCGCGAGGUCCUCGACUCCUUCCUCCGCGCGCGUGCGGAGUCCCGUGGCGCGGAGCUCAUCACCGGCCUCGUGACGGAUCUGGAACUCCCUCGCUCCUCUGCCUCGCCGUACGUCGUACACUACACGAGCGGCGGCUCGAAACGGAGCCUCGCCGUCGACGUCGUGGUGGGGGCCGACGGCGCCAACAGCCGCGUCGCAAAGUCCAUCGGCGCCGGACACUACUCGUAUGCCAUCGCGUUCCAGGAGAGGAUCAGGCUCCCGGACGAGAAAAUGAAAUACUACGAGAACCUGGCCGAGAUGUAUUUGGGAGACGACGUGUCGCCGGACUUCUACGCCUGGGUCUUCCCGAAGUGCGACCACGUGGCGGUCGGGACCGGCACGGUCCGGUCCAAGCGCGAGAUCAGGGCCUACCAGAGGGGGAUCAGGGAGCGAGUGAGGCCGAAGAUCGAGGGCGGAGAGGUCAUCAAGGUGGAGGCCCACCCGAUCCCGGAGCACCCGCGGCCGGUCCGGGUCAGGGGACGGGUGGCGCUCGUCGGAGACGCGGCGGGCUACGUGACGAAGUGCUCCGGCGAGGGGAUCUACUUCGCGGCGAAAUCGGGGAGGAUGUGCGGGGAAGGUAUCGUGAGGGCGUCGGAAGGAGGGGCGAGAAUGGUGGGCGAGGAGGACUUGAGGAGAGAGUACUUGAGAGAGUGGGACGACAGGUACGUGGCCACGUAUCGGGUGCUGGAUCUGCUGGAGAAGGUGUUCUACGGGAGCAACUGGGGGAGGGAGGCGAUGGUGGAGCUGUGCGGGGGCGAGUACGUGCAGAGAGUGUCGCUGGAGAGCUACAUGUACAAGAGGUUGGUGGAGGGCGACCGGUGGGAGGACGUGAAGAUGGCGGCGAACACGGCGGCGACCUUGGUCAGGUGCAAGAUAAUGGGCCGCGAAAUGCGGCGUCUGAAGGCGGCCGCGUAGUCGGAAGGAGGAGGAGAUGGUGUUUCAUCUCUUCUUUUAGUUCACUGGUUCCUAACAACUUCGGAAAUUAGUUUGGGCAAAAAAUGUGGGGAAGUUGAGAAGAUCAAUGGAAGUGACCAAGGUCUUAAAGUUAACAUGCGGCUGAAAAAAUGUUCUUUUACUGUUUUAUCCCUUCGA